UCCUUCGUCUCUUCCUUUCCACCCUCUCUCUCUCACUGCAAGAAAAAUGAUUCAGAGCCAAAGAAGCAAUCUUGAACAUAUGAAAUCUUCGCAUGGAUUGUUGGUAUAACGUAAAUAGUGAAGGGUAAUAAUGGGUGUGGGAGGCAAAUUUUGGGAACUUCUAAAACCCUACGGGCGCCAUGAAGGGUUUGAUUACCUGAGGGACAAGCGGCAAGAGAGCUCAUUUCAAGUCUUCUUGUGAAUACUGUGGAACAACUAGCAAUGAGAGUUGUAUUAAAAAGUUGGAGGGGUUUAAAUGCGAUUGCCCUCCUUGUCUUGGGGCAUAGUUUUCUUGGCUACCCCCUACCCCCCCAAGCCUGGCUCUUAUUCUUGAACCCUGCUGCUGGGUUCGAUGGAACCCAAAUUGGUGUCUUUCUGGGCAUUCUGGCGUUUGGCUUUGCUUGGCUUUGCUUGAAUCAGAGGAGGAAAGUUGUUUAAGAGAGGGAAGAAAGGAAGUGAGAAGAAGAAGAAGAACCAACGGCAAAAACAGAGAUGGAGUUGUGCAAUUCUAAUGAUGAAUUUGAGAAGCUCGUUAUAAAGUAGAGCACUCCCAAGUUUGUUCUUCCUUCUCCCUCAAACCCUUUUCGCGAUUUUCAGUACUGCUCCUUCAACCAAACAUGUAUUAGUUUGUUUGGUUCCCCAUGUGUUAUCUUGUUGAUUUUGUUCAUUAUUUCGAGCUUUUCUAAGUUUUUGUUUUCUCUUUAAUCCUUCUUCCUUGUAGUUUGUUUUAAUUUUGUAAGGUUUUUAUGACACACCUCCUUAGGCCCUCUUAGUCCUAGAAGAGUUCGGAAACAAAAUUUAUAAUGAAGAAUUGCAGCGGAA